AUGAGUCCCACCGGAGCGUUUCUUGUUCUGGCGACGUUUUAUCUCGUGGAUGUGGUGGUGGGACUGCUGGGCUUAGGCUGGAUAAGUUUCCAGCAGAACGGGUGGCGGAUCUACGACGUGGUGAUGAUAGCGGGGACGUUUGGGACGACGGUGCCGACGAUUGUGUUGCCGGGGCAAGUGACGAACGUGACGAUCCAGUUCCAGAAGUUCUUCCUGGUGGCGAUCGCGUUCAAGCUGGUGAUGAGGAACAACGAGCUCAACCAGCUGUUCCAGACCGCCCUGUCCAGCCUGCCCUCGAUCGCUAACCUCAUGAGCCUCUGGAUCGUCUUCUUCCUCGUCUGGGCUAUCCUCUUCGUCGAGAACUUCAGCCUCACCCGCGCCGGCCCGACCUCCCUCACCCGCUACUCCAACUACCAGAGCCUCGCUAACGCCCUCGUCAUGCUUGCCAUCCAAAGCACUGGGGAGGGAUGGACCGCUUUCAUGCACGACUAUACCGUCGAGCCGCCGUACUGCGUCUCGUCGCCCUACUUCUUGUUCAAUGAUUGCGGGAGCGCCGCCGCCGCUUACAUCUUGUUCAUCUCGUGGAACGUCAUCUCGAUGUACAUCGUCCUCAACAUGUUUACCGGGUUGGUCGUCGAUAACUUCGCUUACGUCUUCCAGUUGUUUGGAAAAGUCAAAUCCGUCGAUCGCGAAGAAGUGCGCAGGUUUAAGGAAGCUUGGGCCGAGGUGGAUCGCGACCGGACGGGAUACCUGUCUCGGCACCAAUUCAUUCCCUUCUUCUCGAUGAGGAACCUGGUCGACGGGGCCGCCGGGAUUGGCGCCGAGGCCAAGCGGGGCGCGUGGACGGUUGCCAGUGCUGUCAAUCCUGCACGCUCGCUCGACGUCGACGAGCUCAACGCCCGGCUCGCACAGGCCAAUUGGGCCAAAGUCAAAUAG